AUGUUUAAAAAUAGUCCGGGGGCCAGAACCCCCUCCUCCUUCACCCCCGCGGGGCCAGCACCUGGCCAGCAGUGCUCGCUGCUCUUCUCUGAACCACAGUUCGAUAACCGAUGUGGCACUGCUUUUAGACGUUUGUGUUUGUGUGGCGAGGUUGACAUCCUCGACCUCCUGAUCGACGCCGGAGGAGACCCCAGCACCCCUGACAUCCACGGAGCCUACCCCCUUCACUACGCUGCCCAGAUGUGUGGCCCCAACAGUGAGAUGGGCAACGACGUGCGGGUGGGGCUGAUGGUCCUCCGCAAGCUGCUUCAGCGAGGCGUCGACGUCUCCGUCACCGACCACGACGGACGCCAGCCGCUCCUCUGGGCCGCCAGCGCCGGCAGCGCGGACGCCAUCCUCGCCCUCGUCAACGCCGGCGGCAGUGUCAGCGCUGAGGACAAGGACGGCCUCACAGCGCUGCACUGUGCUGCCUCUCGUGGCCACCUGGACUGCCUGGACUGCCUCGUCAACUUCUGUGGGGCGGAGGUGGACACCCUGGACUCGAACGGGUGCACUCCGCUCUUCUACGCCGUGACCCUUGGGCACGCCGACUGCACCCAGCUGCUGCUCCACCACGGCGCCCACCCAGACAAGCAGGACCGCAAGGGCCGCACGCCGGCCCACUGUGGGGCAGCUAAGGGCCAGCUGGAGACGCUCAAGUUGCUGCACCGGAAGGGGGCCGACCUGUGGAAGCGCAACGUCAAGGGCGACCUUCCCCUCCACGAGGCCUGCCAGUCAGGCCGUAAGGACCUUGUCUUGUGGCUACUGUCCAUGAAGCCGGACACCGUCAACGCUCCCAAUUUGGACGGUCGCUGCCCAUUGCAUAUAGCGGCCAUCAACAACAACAUUGAGAUGUGCAAGAUUCUCAUGGACAAGCAGGCAGCGGUCAACCCCAUCAUGAGGAACUCGCGGGGGCAGUUGCUGACGCCGCUGGACGCCGCCAUCGCCCGCAGCAACCGUGGCUGUGCCAAGUACCUCCAGCUGCACGGUGGUGUCGCCGCCUCCAAGCUGACGGACAAGCACGCGCUACAGAAGGCCAUGCAGAGAGCCCUGGAGACGAGUGAACAGGGAAGGACAGGUGUCACCCCUGGCGAGUACACAGGAGACGAACUGAUGAGCUCCUCCGCCUCCUCUGUCCUCAAGUCUAACAUGUCUACCAUGACGGCUUCCCCGGUCAACAUCGAGGCGCAAACGGACACCGGCGACUAUAAAGAAGGAAAAGAGGGAGAGAAGCUGCUCCAUAAGGAUGCGCAGACCGGGACAUCCGAAGUCAACAUCAGGAAGCUGGUGCUGGAGGAGGAGGCAGCGGAGCUGGCCAAGAGGCAGGCGGAGCAGAGGAUAGCAGAGGAGAGGGAUGAGGGAGACGAAGUGGAGGAUGAGCAACAGGAAGCGGCCAAGGGCUCUGUGAAAAAAGAGGAUUCACAACUGGAAGGAAGAGAAGCAGCAGACGGAGAUGAGAUCCAAGAGGGCAAGAACAGAAGCUCUGCGGCUGGUGGAGGGCCGGGGGACGGAGCUGAGGAGAUAGAAGAGAAAGAUGGAGAGAGCACAAAGGCAAGUAGAAGAGGAUCGGAGAGUGCAGAAAACACAGUAGAUGGUAACAACAGAGAAAAUGAAGAACAGAGAAAGAAAGAUAGUGCGGCGACUAAGCAGGAAGAAACUCUUCAGAAUACAUCCCUAAGAAGCACAAGCGAAGGAGUUGAAGAGCAUGCCAAAAGUGAAGCGGGUGAGCAGGGUGCCACCAUUGAUGGGGGUGAGCAGGGUGCCACCAUUGAUGGGGGUGAGCCGGGUGCCAUCAUUGAUGGUGGUGAGCAGGGUGCCACCAUUGAUGGUGGUGAGCAGGGUGCCACCAUUGAUAAGGGUGAGCAGGGUAUUACCAUUGAUGGUGGUGAGCAGGGUGCUACCAUUGAUGGGGGUGAGCAAAGUGCCACCAUUGAUGGGGGUGAGCAGAGUGCCACCAUUGAUGGGGGUGAGCAGGGUGCCACCAUUGAUGGGGGUGAGCAGGGUGCUACCAUUGAUGGUGGUGAACAGGGUGCUACCAUUGAUGGGGGUGAGCAAAGUGCCACCAUUGAUGGGGGUGAGCAGGAUGUCACCAUUGAUGGGGGUGAGCAGAGUGCCACCAUUGAUGGGGAUGAGGAGGGUGCCACCAUUGAUGGUGGUGAGCAGCGUGCCACCAUUGAUGAGGGUGUGCAGAGUGCCAGUGGUGAAGAGGCUGGACAGGGUGCCAGUAGUGAAGACACCAAAGACAAAGAGGAGACCAAUGAAAAUGAAAAUAACAAAAAGAUCUCAUCAAGAAAGAAGUCUAAGAAAGCACUGAAUAAAAGAAGUAGAGAAGGAGAAGCAGGAAAAAACAUUGUGAAUGAAGAAGAAACGGAAGAGAAGCGUCCAGAAGAGGAGACAGGAGGGAAAGAGGGAUGGGAAGAAGAUGCCACGGGCAGCACCUCUGCCAACCAUUCAGGUGCGGGCAGUGAUGAAGAAGAGCUAGGAGAGCAGGAGAAAGGCAGUUCAGAGAUGGACGAAGGUGUCGAAAAUGGGAAGGAGAAUGACGAAGGCAGCAGCAGCAAAGCUAUGAUAAAGUCUUCUGUCAGGAGCAAGAAAGGCGAGGGCAGCACUAAAACAAGUACGCUCAACGCGAAAGGUAAAUCCAAUCAGGCCACUAAAGGUAGCAAAGGAAAUAGUAAGCAACAAAAUAAUGCAAAAAAUACGAAAGGAAGCACCCGUAAAGUUGGUGUUAUAAAGAGAGCAGGCAAGGGACGGACCGUGGACGGCAGCCGAGAAAAGGGAACCAGUGGGGCAGCUGGGAAGAAGACAGCCUCCAGCGAUGCCUACAACCCAGGGUCCUCCACGGAAGAGGGCCAAGAAGGGAACUCCAAAAGUAGAAAGAACAAAUUAUUAGAAACUGGAGAAAUAACAAACGACGAUGAUGGAGAGGAUGAGGAGAGUGGAGAAGCUGAAAGUGAGAAUGUGGAAAGCGAUGGGAGACAGUUUGAUGGUGUAGACGAAGGCGGAGACAAGGUGACAAAUGAGAACUAUGAUAACUUUGGUGGAAGUGGCGAGGCAGGGGAUGAAGGACUGGAAGGUGAGGACGAAGACGGAGAGACAGUUCAACCCCGUGUCAGGGCAGCUGGGUCACGAGUUCGUCCGAAGUCAGCUAUUCGUCCAGGAAUUCUCAGCACCAAGGCAGGAAGUAGAAAGGGAGGCGCUGGUAAGUCAAAACAAGUGAGCAGCAAAACUCGAUCGAAGAAUGAGAGUCGUGCGCAGAGAAGGAACUUGACCCGCCGUGUGAGUAUCUCUGAGAACCCGCUUCGCGUGGGUGGCCAACGCGACGACACGCAUGGCGAGGGCGCAGAAGGAGCUCCCAUGACUGCCUUGGAGGAGCGAACUCAUGAGAUGAUGCUGAGGACGAGCGGACGAGAAUUCCUGACGGUGGAUGCUGCGCCUCCUCAGCUGUCCUCGCCGAGUUCGAUUCACGGCAGGGACACCGGCGACUCAGGCUACAAGGAGUCCGGCCUCAGCGACACCCUUGGCGCCGAGCAGGACUCUGACGUCUACGACCAGACGGACCCAGAGCGCCAAACUGACGACGAGGAUCCCCAGAAGACCUCCAGGAAGAAAACCAAGACGAGACGGAGGAGAAACAAACAGCGGGAGGGACAUGGAGGCCCGGCUGGGGACAAGGACGAAGACUAUGAUGGCGUUGAUGGCGAAGACGAAGAGGACAACAGACGACUCCGCAGAAGACGCGACGCCAAAAAUUGGCAGGAGGACACCGGAGGAGGAAGAGGUGGAGACAAAGGGAGAGAAAGCGGGAAAGGAAGUGCUCGAGGAGGAAUCGACGACGAUAUUCCUGCCACCACAGAAGGAGACGACUACGACGACGCUGACGAGGACGCCCUGGACAAGCUUGGGGUGCCGACCCACAGGCGUCCCGGGGUCAGAAGGGGUCAGGUCAGCAGCGGGGCACUCAGCGGAGGACCCAAGAAGGUGGAGAACAUGGAGUCUAACCUGAGACGACGAGCGAGGAAAGCGGCCUCUCCCUCCACCGAAGUCUCCAUCACCCAGGCUAUGCAGAACGCCAUGCGCAAGUACGCGCUGGAGAGGCGGCUGUUCCAGCAGCUGCUGGAGCUCAAGCGCAUCCAGAUUCGGAACACUCGCGCCAACGAACAUGUGAUGAUCAAGCGGAUGGUGGACGCCUUCCAGAAGGAGGGCCACCUGCUGGGCAUCCGCGGCUACGGUGGACCCUACAACUUCAACAGUUACGAGAAGUACCUCUACGACCAGCUGAGGUACCUACAGAGCUCUCAAAGCACCAAGAUCCCGGCCUUCCGACCCACGGACGACGUCGACAGGCUAAGUCGGGCCAUCCGGCGUGCAGAGUUACGUGAGUUACCGGAGCCCCUCAUGACUUCUCGAGACGCCAGCGUCUGUAAUCAUACCACGCACCGCUGCCACCACGCCGCCCACGCCUACACCGGCGUACCCUGCGCCGCCUACAUUGGGUACCGAGGGAGGAAGAGGGCUCCUGUCACCAGCACCAACACUAAGCAGGUGUCGUUGCCCAGGAUUGCUGGCACCUCCAACACCAGCAGCGGCGGCGGCGGCACCUUGGCGGGCUCUCCACGACCCGCUCACGACACCGUCCAGACCUGGAGCAAGCCGGGAGAACCCGUUGGCUUGAGGAACUACGACCCGAAGAAGCCUCUCACCGUCGAGCUCCAGCACGGCCUGGCGCGUCAGCAGAUCAUCCUCCCGACGGAGACCCUCGACAAGAACAAGAAGUAUCACCUCACCUUCAGCAUCAAGCCUUCCACACCCGUGCCAGGGCAACAGCAGUCAACGAGAGAGAGCGUCACUGGGUCCCCGGAGCGUUCAGCCUCCGCCCCAGAGACACUCAACUCUGAGGGAACGGCUGAAGAGCCUCGCCAGGAGCUUCACUCAGCUCCGCCUGAGGGCAGGACUGAACCCUGAACCACCCCGAGGACGACACCAGGCCCAUCACUCACCGAACCGCAGCUUGAAGCAGAGGAAGGACGCAACCUAAUGGUUGAACCCCCUGAGGUCUAAACCCCUAAUGGUUGAAAUCUGAGGUCUGAGAUACACCAAUGAACCUCCAGAUUCCCGCCAGGUGUUCGACUCGUAAAAGCUCGACUAAAUUAUCAGCAAUAAGUCAGAGUCAAUACCUGAACCUUCUCUAGAAAGGUCGAACUUACACCUUAAUCAGACAAGGAAGCUUUUAAUAAAUCAGCAUGAACUCGUGGGUUAACCAAUUCACUUCAUUCAAUUUGACGAGGUGAAUUUCGUGUAGUUCAGAAGACUAUGCCUGGGAUCGUAAACAAGAAGCGAGAAGUCACAGUAAAUAAGUUCAAUCGUUAUUAUCACAGGUUGCAUAUAUUAUUUCGUUUUAUCAGGGACAGGAAGCCUGGUUUAUAUGAAAGGAAUCUCUCUAAAUGGGAGAAGAUGUUGCGCUGAACAUCUCCAAACAAACCAAACCAAAUCACACAACAAACCCAAAGAUCAAGUGUCAUAUUUGUCUAUUUGUAUUUUUUGACAAGUCCGUUUUCGAACUAAACAAUUUAAUCCAAACAAACUCAUUAAAGAAAAAACGAAAUAUGAAAAUUAGAAAAACCAUUAAUAAAAUUCAAAACCAAACUUAACAUAGCAUGAGCUAGGCCUAACAUAACCCAACCUAAGACUGUAAUGUAAGUCUUGAUAAUGUUACAUUUGAGCAAGUUACGUUAGCGUAGAGUUGGUGUUCAUAUUUUUCCCCAUCCUGAUUCUUCAAAGGUCGUAGAGCGACGGCCUCGCUUCAUGCAGGUCGGCGUUCAAUCCCCCGACUGUCCAAGUGGUUGGACACCAUUCCUUUCCCCCGUCCCAUCCUAAAUCAUUAUCCUGACCCCUUCCAAGUGCUAUAUAGUCGUAAUGGCUUGGCGCUUUCUCCUUCUUCCUUCUACAAAGGUGGCUGUUUCAGAUUCCCAGUUUAAUGUGUUACACAUAUUUAUUUUAUUACUAUAUUAUUGAGCUCGAAAUUUGACUUUUCAAUAUAUACAUACAGACACAGCACUGUCUUGGGGAUGUGUUGUAGUUAAGAGUUAAUAAUCAACGACUCGAGACAACAAGUCAAUGAGGUGAAGUCGCUGUCUUAAUGACCAAGUCUUCGCACUCCGCACUUGGAGAUCACACUCCCUGAAGACAUCACACGCCCUGAAGACAUCACACUCCCUGAAGACAUCACACGCCCUGAAGACAUCACACGCCCUGAAGACAUCACACGCCCUGAAGACAUCACACGCCCUGAAGACAUCACACGCCCUGAAGACAUCACACGCCCUGAAGACAUCACACGCCCUGAAGACAAAACAUCAUAUACUAAAGAAAUUAGUAUUGAAAGAGAGCGGGAGUUUGGUACCCAUGUAACAGUCAAUAUCUGUGACACAACAUGAGGCUGUAACAGUGCCUGUGGCACCAUGUAACACAGCUAAUAUUUGUGACAGUGUUUUACAUGUCAACGUAAUUAUACGAGUUUUAUGUCAUUUUUAACUUCUCACCUGUAAAAACAUUUAACUUUAUGUAAUUAUAAAUUGAGUUUCAAUGUGCUAACAUGACUGACAUUGCUACCACAUGAAAAUUUAUUUCUAUCGGUGUUUACGAAUGUGUUGUAUAAAAGCCUCAACGUGUAGCACACACACGGAGGUAAUAACGCACUUAGUACUCUUGGUGUUUAAAUAAUUCAUAUUCAAUAUAAUUAACUUUCGUUUUCAUUUAAUAAAAUUUUUAAUAUAGACUUGAGGAGAGACAUUCAUGGGUGACCUGAGGCUACAACACACUCGCUCGGGUAACUGUGUAUGUUGCUCCUUAGUGUUGUAUAUGUGGUGUCCUCGGGUACAGUCUUUGUACUGCCUUAGUCUUUAUUGAUGAGCAGAUAACCAUUGUUUGUUAUCUUGAUCCAAGUACCAGGGGUCUCUGUUGACAAGUGAACAUCCUCUGUCAAAAAGAUCUAAAAAGAAACAACGUACUUUGAUACUGAUAUCUUCCUUACAGCAGACAUAUCAAUGGAUAAGAUGGCGUUUCUAAUGUAUGAGUGUGAGAGGAGUCCCGUUAAGAGAGCACAAUUGUGUAGUGUGUUUCAGAUCACGGACUUCAUGAGCAACAAGAGCUAAGGAAAUCUCAUGGCUCUCUAUUAUCGAAUUUGUUACACUUAUUUUUAGUUCCAGGCUCUUUAUUUAAGAAUACGUUUUUAUCUUGUUUAUUCACGAGUACAUUUAUAUAUCUCAUUUAUUUAUUAAUGUCAUUUAUUGUCACUGAAGAACUACGAACGUGAGAUGUGUACAUUCUAAUCUUCGGGACUUUCGACUGGUCAACUUCUGACGGCUGCUCUGUGUAUCUGACCAAUACCGUCUACAUCUGGCAACUGCUGUAUACACCUGGCUAUUGCUGUGGACUGCUGAACAUAGCCUGCUGCUAGCUGCUAUGUUCACCUAACUGCUGAUGUGUGUACAUCAGGCUGCUGCUGCUGCUAUGUUCACCUAACUGCUGAUGCGUGUACAUCAGGCUGCUGCUGCUGCUGUGUACACAUAAAUAAAACUAUGUACACCUGACUGCUACAACCCGAAUUUCCUCUUCAAACUUCCUGACAUCGAUAAAUUUGUAAAAAAAGAAAUCAAAAUCUCUUGUAACCGUUGAAUUAAUACCGCUGCUAUCGUGAGUGUGUCAAAACCACUUGAAGUAUUAAAGCCUUCGAAUGUCUGGCUGCGACAAAUUUCCAAGUCUCAGCAGUUUUUCUUAGUUAUCCCUCUAAGAUGCGUCGACAGAAAAUGAGUGCAAUAUCUCAUUUCGUACAAUGGAUGUUAACUCAGAAGCGUGUGAGAUUUGUUCAGUACUUACAUUCGUACGUUCCUAAGUGUAAUGCAGAUCGAGGUUCACAUCCACACGAGGGUGUGGCUCGAAGUACGUCAAACUGACGUGUAGAAGCGAUUUGGACAGACAUGUGUUCAUUCCAUGUGUCCUUCCAUAAGGAUAAAGGGCAUUUUUCAGGUGGUUGUUAGUGCUCUCUUUAUAGGUAAAACUGGUUCCUUUUGGGUAGGAGGUUAUUCCAAGACCGAAGAGUGUUCAGAAAGUAAGGAAGCUUCUUGGCGGGUGAGGACACUUCCCCAUGGGUAAGGAUGUUCUCCCCAAGGUGUAGGAAUUGACCCUCUGGUUAUGAAGGCUUUCACCCUUCACCCGUAGGUAAUCUCUUCUUAAUGUUUUUAUGACUCAUGUGAGUCUCAUUAUAUAUUAAACAGAUAUA